AUGGUGGUGCAGUUUGUCGGUAAAUCCAGUGAGAGAAUGGUGGAGUACUUGCAGAGCUCAGUAGGUAUCAUACACAAGAACCAUGCUGAGAGUAUAACCACAUUUAUCAAGGAGAGUGUGGAUGAAGAACUGAAGGAGGACAAUCCAAGGCCGGCCCAAAAGAAACGAAUCACUUUGUGUGUUGAAGGAAAUAUAAGUGUUGGGAAGACUACGUUUCUGCAGAGGAUAGCUAAUGAGACGCUCGAACUUAGGGAUCUUGUGGAAGUCGUGCCCGAGCCGAUUGACAAGUGGCAGAAUAUUGGCCCCGAUCACUUUAACAUAUUAGAUGCUUUUUAUGCCGAGCCUGAGAGAUACGCAUACACGUUCCAGAACUAUGUGUUUGUCACUAGAGUUAUGCAGGAGAGAGAGUCGUCUGGUGGGAUUAAGCCCCUCAGGCUGAUGGAGAGAAGUGUUUUCAGUGAUAGGAUGGUCUUUGUGAGAGCUGUUCAUGAGGCAAAGUGGAUGAAUGAAAUGGAGAUCAGCAUAUACGACUCGUGGUUUGACCCGGUUGUCUCGAGCUUGCCUGGUCUUAUUCCUGAUGGCUUUAUUUACCUCAGAGCAAGCCCCGACACUUGCCACAAGCGCAUGAUGUUGCGUAAGAGAGCUGAGGAGGGUGGGGUCUCGCUCGACUAUUUGCACGAUUUGCACGAAAAACACGAAAGCUGGCUUUUCCCUUUCCAGAGUGGAAAUCACGGGGUGCUGUCCGUGAGUAAGCUCUCCAAUAAUAUCGACUGGUCUUUGCAUCCCAAUAUAAAGGAUCGUGUUUUUUAUUUGAAUGGUGAUCAUAUGCACUCGAGCAUCCAAAAGGUUCCUGCUUUGGUUCUUGACUGUGAGCCGGAUAUUGAUUUCAACCGGGAUGUAGAUGCCAAGCGAGAGUAUGCUCGUCAAGUUGCCGAGUUCUUUGAAUUUGUGAAGAAAGAGAAGGAGGAAGUCCCUGCAAAUGAUGGUGGAGAAAAAGGUGCGAAGAGCAAUAAAGGUCAGGUUUUGCUCCCUCCCCAUGGGGAUUUGUGGUUGCCCGGUACACAGCCAUUCUCGGAUUCUGCUCUAAAGUCACUCGAUUUUAGACGAGCCAUAUCGUCUUUCAUGCCACAGUAG